UGUGUUCCCGUGGGGUUGUUGGCGAAACAACUUUUUUCAAGCAUUUUCGACAACAAAUGUUAUGUUUUUUAGGUUAAGCUGAGGCCUAGCUUAUCUGUAAACAUUAUUACGGAAUCGUUUUGCAAAGCGGAUAGUAAGGCCUGUUUAUAUACGGUUACUAAACUUUCGAGGAACACAUUCUUUGCGAUUGAAGAUACAUCUUGGGGCGAUAUGAGCAAAGAGAUAAACGAGCCAGAGCCUGGUUCUGAACCUGGUACCACUGAAGUUACAGAAGACUCCACAACAGCUAAUGAUGAACAAAUUGAACUGGAGAAGGAACAAGCUACCAGGCUCUUGGCUGAAGCAAAAGAAAGAGGUCAGAAGAAGGCGACCGUCAGAGCUUCCAAUCAAAAUGCAGUAAAUAACAGACCGGAUGAAGAUUUCUUUAGGAAACUUGACUCCAGCUUGAAGAAGAACACUGCUUUCGUGAAGAAACUUGGCAAGCUAACAGAGCAGCAACGUGCUUCACUCGAAAAUGAAUUUAAUUCAUUGAACUUGACUCGAUAUAUACAAGAGAUAGUCUCUACUUUGUUGGACGCCAAACUGAAAAUGAGUGACGUACCAUGUGCUGUUCAUUUCUGCUCGCUUAUGCAUAUGAGGUACCAGGAAUUCACUCCACAGCUAUUCCAGUCAACUAAGAGGUUAUUUCAGUCUCGUAUCGAUGAUAAAAAUAGCUUUAUAAACAACAUGGGAAAAGUGAGAACUGACUUAAGAUUUGUUUCAGAGCUCACAGUUGCCGGUAUCUUCACGGAUAAAGAAGGCUUAACUCUGGUACACAGUCAGUUACGCGAGAUCCUAAACGUCGACCGCGAGCGACACGACCUCUUAUCUGUCGUCAUCAGUUUAUGCAAGCAUAACGGUGAGGACGUCGCUGGACUCGUGCCGAGGAAGAACAGAUCGUUGGGUGACAAGUUUGGUAUUCAGCUUCCACGGAGCGAGAUUUUUGCUCCUGAAAAGCAGAAGAUAUUCUACACCGUCCUUAGCGACUAUUGGAACUCAGUACACGACCAUCUGUUACAAAUGCACAAGGAGCUGCAGAGCAUAGACCGCAGGAACAGACAUAUUUUGCAAAGCAAAGGCGAACUGCACGAAGAGAAGUCGAAGGAAUACACAGACAAACAAGCUGCUUAUACCAAACUUCUCAUUAGUUGCAACCAACUUGCUGAUCUUUUAGACGUAGACGUGCCAGACCUGCCGGAAACGGUCGAGCUCGUCCAAGAUGGAGAAUCUCCGAUCAACAUCUUCGAACCUGGAUCCUCCGGAGCAGAGUUGCUUGGAGAGCAGUCUGUAUGGGAGGAUGAGGACCAGAGAUCAUUUUAUUCCAAUCUCCUCGAUCUGAAAGCCAUCGUACCAGCAAUAUUGUUCAAGGAUGUUGGUAAGGGGUCCAACAAGUCUGAGAGGGGUGGGGGGCGUCGUCCUGGGAAGGGGAAGCACCCUGCUAACGAACCAAAACCACUGGGGCCAAAACUUGGUGGAAAAGGUGAGUUGGCAGCAGAGGAGUUGGAACGUGAUCUCACCAACCUUGAUAUUGGGAGUUUGGAGGAAUCGGAGUUAGCUGCAGUCCAGGAGGCAAUGGAGGCAGGAGCACGAGUGACAUCGGGAGCAGGAGCAGAGGUGGAGGUGGUGGAGACAGGAGAGUCAGAUGAGGAUGUAGAUAAAGAUGCCAUGAGUAUGGAGGAUGAUACAGAGGAUGAUGACGUCAAUAUAGGAGCGAGUAUGAAGAUUAUUCUGGAAAACUUUAUCUCCUCGCUUAAGAACUGCGUCAAUCGGGACUUGGUCGAUAAAGCUGCCCAGGAUUUCUGUAUGAAUAUGAACACAAGAGCGAACAGGAAAAGGCUGGCAAGAGCUUUGUUUAACGUUCAUCGCUCCCGACUCGAUCUGCUGCCCUUCUACGCCAGACUGGCAGCCACAUUAAACUCCUGCAUCCCCGAUGUUUCCGAACAUCUUUCGCUGAUGCUUCUGCGGGAUUUCAGAUUCCAUGUUCGUAAACGUGACCAGAUCCACAUUGAAAGCAAAGUGAAAACAGUUCGUUUUAUCGGGGAAAUGACAAAGUUUGGCAUGAUACCAACAACUGACGCACUUGCUUCCAACGUUACUCCACCAUGAUUGACAAUGCAAGAUACGCAUGCGACCCUCCUAAAACUGAAGCGGUGGUGAUGAAAGUUCGCCCACCGCUCCAUCAAUACAUCAGGAAGUUGCUCUUCCGUGAACUAAGCAAGAGCACAGUUGAGAAGAUCUUGCGGCAGAUCCGAAAGUUGCCUUGGAACGACAAGGAGAUUCGUUCCUACUUGGUGAAGUGUCUGUCCCAGUCGUGGAACAUCAAGUUUAACAACGUACAUUGCUUGGCAAGCUUACUUGCCGGUUUGAUCGCUUACCAUGACGAGGUUGGGCAUCACGUGGUUGAUGACGUAUUGGAAGACAUCAGAGUCGGAAUGGAGGUAGAAGCUUAUUUAAUCAAUCGCUGUAUUAUCAGUAAAGGUUUUUUAAUAUUACUAAAUUUUAUCACUGAUUCGUGCUCGGGAGGUAUUUGCUUUUCCAUUAAUUGCCACAUUAAACAUAAUUGUUUAAAUCCGUACGCAAGGCAUUGCUUAACUCAUGCGGAAACCCCCGUCUCACGCGCCGGUUCGUCCAAAGUUCAGGUUCACAAACAGGACAUAAAAGAAGAUGAUACGAUGACUGAACAUUCAGAAGGGUCUGUUGUUGCGAAUGGUGUUCGUCACAUGCCAUGUGCUGAGGACGAAGAUUUUCAAAAAGCUUUCGAUAACAUCAUGGUUGAAAGCAUUCAAUCCCGUAACACCACGCAAGUAAUGCAGCAUGAUAUGACGGUGCCUGUCAACGUACGUAAGUCAAUAUUACAAGAACAAUCUAAACAGAAGGACAGUUCGAUCAAAUUCGCCCUUCUCACUCGUAAAGGCAACAAACCAACCCUACGACCUCUUCGGAUCCCGAUCUCGGAACAUCUGGCCGCAGGGUUGCGGGAUCGAAGCCAGGCCGAGGAACGUCGUAAGCAAGAGCUUAAGCAGAUCACUCUAUCCAUCAACGAGAGGCAGGUGGAAGAGGAACAACAUCAGAUCGACACUGCUUACCAUUCAAAGGCUCCACCGGCGAAUCUGAACCGUGAGAGAAGACCAAAGUACCAGCCACCCAAAGGUGCUCCUAAUGCUGAUCUCAUAUUCAGUUCCGGUGGAAGGUAA